UUAUCACUGGCGCUCCAACUGCUUCAAGCCCUCCAAGAUGUAGGCGAACGCCGACGACAGCUGACGACACGACAGCGCAGGCAGCGCGCAGCUUGUUGCCUUGGAGAGAGCGCGAUAAACCGUACGCGAUAAGUCUGCCACGACCGCGCGACGAUCGUGACGUAUACUCUCCCUUGGAGAAGGUGCACGAAUUGCGGAAACCAAUACGAAGCUCAUUCACGAGAGAGCGAUGUAAUGCGGAAUCGCACGUCGGCUGAGGCCGGGGCCGCAAACAGCCGGUUAGGUUAGGUGUCUCUUGUCAGUGUGACGUUGGAAAAAAAUUACAAGUUUUUCGCUUAUCACUUUCUUUCACACCUGUUUACUGCUGUUUACACGAAUUUUGCUUGUCUCGCGUUCGCAUCGUCUCGUAUUCGGAAUUCUUACAUGGAUUUAGCGAACGCAUAGCGCACGAGAUUAGUUUUUUCUUCCAUUUGGGACAAACGUAUAUACUUAAACACAAUGUGGUAAUCGAAAGAGAUUGAAAGUCGAGAUGAGCUGUUCUGUGGAAUUACGCCAGCGCAGGCAACAGGGGAUGGCGGAGGAUCCUCAUAAACUCGCGGCAAUGAUGAAUAAAUCUCAAAGACUCGUACUGGGACUUUUAAUUUUAUUGCUGGUUGAUAUAAUUUGGGUAUCCAGUUCCGAGCUUACCAAAUACAUCUACAGAGAUGAAACGUUCGAAAAGCCAUUUUUUAGUACAUAUGUAAAAACAUCUAUGUUUACCUUUUAUUUACUUGGCCUGUGUUUUUGGCCACCCUGGCGGGAACAAUGUAAUAAACCUGCAACAUAUAUGUUCAUAGAUCCCAAUGUGGAAGACGACAACUUUUAUUCGGAGGCUAAUACAAGUCUAAGCGAUCCAACGUUUGUUCCAAUAAAAACGCCGGAUCACUGCGAUCGUUCGUCUGGUACGGAAAGUGACGAUUCGUCCAUUCGUUCUGUAAGAUUCAGUAAGCUGGCGGAGGUGCGCCAUAUGUCGGAAAGCGAUGCCACCGAGGCUUUAUUGGCGCGACUUAGUUAUCAAGCGAGUGUUAGAGCUGGAGAACACGCGAGACGACAAGCUAACAAAUUCUCUGUACAAAAAGUGGCUAAAAUAGCCCUUAUGUUUUGCUUAUUUUGGUUCAUGGCAAAUUAUACAUACCAGAUAUCAUUGGAGCAAACCCAAGCCAGAAUCGUUACUGUACUGUCUUCGACUUCCAGUUUAUUUACUUUAUUUCUCGCUGCCUCUUUCCCCAGUAAUGGAGGAGAUAAAUUUACGCUAUCUAAAUUGGCUGCUGUGCUAGUUAGCAUUUUCGGACUGGUAUUAGUUGGUAUUUCGGAUUUAACUAUAGAAAAUAAUAAUAUGUCAACGGGCAUAAUAUUAGUUCUAGUCAGUGCUUUUUUCUAUGCUGCGUACAUUGUAUUUUUAAAGAGAAAAGUAGAUCACGAAGACAAGAUGGAUAUACCAAUGUUUUUUGGCUUUGUGGGGAUAUUCAAUUUAACACUUUUGUGGCCUUUAUUCUUUAUUCUUCAUUACGGUCAUUGGGAAGAGUUCGAAUGGCCAAAUAGUCAUCAAUGGACAUUCCUAAUUAUAAACGGUCUAAUUGGUACUGUUCUGAGCGAAGUUCUUUGGUUAUGGGGCUGCUUUCUGACAUCAUCUCUCGUAGCAACAAUGGCUGUGAGCUUAACAAUGCCCAUGUCAAUGGUAGCCGAGGUCCUCUUGAAAAAAGUUGAAUAUCCUUGUAUUUUCUAUUUGGGAAGUAUUCCAAUGCUUUUAGCAUUUCUGACAGUAUCUCUUUUAUCUUAUUACGACAAUUGGGAUCCCGUUAUGGAUUUAAUAAAAAGGUUUUUCAUCUGGAUGUGCAGGAGAAACAACAGAUCUACAAGGAUUCCAGACCUUGAAGCAGAGCAAACGGAAUCUUUAAUAGGAAUAGACAGUGGCGAUCAUGAAGCUUAAUAAGACAAUAAUGAGAAAAUUGAUAACACGGUAAAACACCUCGUGUUAUACCUCGACAUACGAAGAAGGAAAGAAAGAAGGAAAGUGCUUAUUAGUUUAUUAGUUAAUAAGCACACAUUUCUCAUAUCUACGUGCCUCCAUCGGCCGUGAAUACCCGUCAUUUCAUUUCAAAUCGUCUUACUGUCAGAGUCGUUUUAUGAUGUUUUAUGGUACGAAGUAACGAUAUAGUAAGUAACGAUAGUCUUUCGAUCUUACUUUCCCCUUACUUACGAAUGUAAGUCGCUUUAUUUCGCACUAAGCAUCACAAAAUGAUGAUAUUACUGCCGGACAAUAACGAUUGCGAGUCAAUUUACGACAAAAACGCAAUUAACAUGCUUUAUUUGUUCGAGCUCAUUAUGCAUUUUUCAAGCUACCUCUUUGUAUUUCUUACUUCUUACUUUAUUAGUUUAUUUUGCAAAACGAAUACGGCUUUCAUAAAGCGGCUAUGCCAUUAAGAUCUCUGGUAACAGCAUAGCAUUGUUAUUUCGAGACUACGUCGUACUUGGGUCGCUUGCGCUAUAUCUUAUCCUAUAACUGGGUUCACAAAAAGAAAUUCAGUGUCUUUACCAAAAUCUGUAUAUACUAUAUGUAAUAAGAGUUGAUGAAAAUCAAAGAAAUAUUCCUUUAUAAGACUAUACUUUUCACUAAACAGUAAUAUUUUUUAUGCUCUACUAAGGCUUUAUAUCAACGUUAUAACAACAUGUUGAUAAUUAAUGAAUGAAUAACUUAUUAAAAGCAAAGAAAUAGCACUCUGCUACAUGCUAAAGGUAAUGUUUUUCAUAACGAGGCACAUCCAGUGCAUUCUGUACUUAUUAUUUUUAGUAUUUGGCUGAUUUUAGACAAAGUAUUAUAAAUGAGAUAUAGUUUUACUAAUUAAGAGUUAUAUACAUAGUGGAAAGAGAAGAGAGUGCGCUAAUGCUUUGGACCAAUUAAAAAUUUGAGGAUAGUAAAAUGAAGAGUCAGUACUCGUCCGUAGAGAGUAGAAAAUCAAUGACGUGAGAUCAAAGUUUUAUAUAUUCAAGACGAGAACAAUGAUUCGCGCUAUAUUUAUAUUUCAAGCGUCUAGUCAUGACACAUCUAUCGGCUCAUAUCUCGCUAAUACUAAACUAUAAUUUCGUGAUUUAAUUCGGCAGUUAUUAAACACAACAGCGAUUCUAUUAUUUAUAUAGAAAUAAUAAUUACGUUCACAUUUUUCUUCCGCUUUGAUAAUUAACACGCACAAGUUUCACUAUGUUGUGUUCAAAUAUUAACAAGGUCUACUAGAUAAGAUAGAUGUGUAAAAUGUGAGUAUCAUAAAUUGCGAAAUAAACUGUUUAUUGAUUUCAAAAUUCUGUAUCGGGACAGACGUUAAUUAUUACAUAAAAGAUAACUGUGUAAAAUGGAAUACGAAAACCACCUAUGUGCUUUCGCCCGCGCGUAGUCAUACCUACAUAAAAAAAAUAAUAAUAAUAACUUACACAUUUCACAUCUCUUAACCGUGAUACACGGGGGUGGAAAUCGCGACGUUCAUGUCGCGACUUUUGAAAAAUUGAUAUACAUCUCGACUGAUCUCAAUUCAAUUAAACGACGCGUCGUACGCCAUGUCGUAGGUGUAUGUAUAUUAUAUAUAUAUAUAUUUUUAUUAAAGUUACACGUUUCUCGACUUUGUAAAAUGUCUUAAAAAUUAUAUAUCUACGCCAUAAUAUAGCACCGAUAAUUUGUAGAAAGAGAAAGAACAUUUUAAAAAGGAAACAAGUUUGCAAGCAACAUCUCUGAGGAAGAAAGCAAAUAUAAAGAUCAAAGGGAAGGGCAGUUGCAAUGUUAGAUUAAUGAUACGAUGUGAUAUAACAAUAAAUAAUAACGUUGCGCAAAUAUACUUUAGAAUAGUAUAAUGCGAUUCAUUAAAAGAAUAGGUAGUAAUUGAUUGUUCCUGUAACGUUAUAACCAGACUUGAAAUUGAAUUUGUGCGUUGGCCAUUGUUACGUGUCAAUGGAAAGAUAUUUUUCGCUUUUGAUCAUAUCCAAUAUAUUGCUAACAUAUUUGCUAAUGUUCGUUGAGGUAUAAAUCAUUCAUAUGAUCUCGUACUCAAAAUUUAAAAGAAAAUGACAUUUUCUCUCUCUCUCUCUCUCUCUCUCUCUCUCUCUCUCUCUCUAUCAAAAUCCAAGACUGGCUAUAACUAUGUCUAUUGUAUAUUCAGUGUAAAUAUUAUGCUCUAAAGUUAAAUUUAAAGUUGUAUACAUAUAUUAUAUAAAAAAUAUGUGAUAAUAAAAGUAUAAUCCGUAA